AUGCGGGAGAUUCUGAGGCGGCACGAUAAAGUCACUCCACUGGAGAAGAGAGAGAAGGGAGGUCAGUGCUUCGUGAACGAUUACCGUGUUGUGCGCACGGUCAAGGAAGACAAACUGAGUAAAGUAAUUUUAUGCGAGCGAGGGGGAAACCUUUACGCGAUAAAAAAAUACAAAAAAAAGGGAACCUACGAAUUCAUGCCGCCUGAGUUCUUCUCCAGCGGAAAGUGCUACUCCGGUGAGAAGGUAGACAUAUGGAGUCUGGGCAUCUCCCUCUACGCCCUGUUCUACCGCGUUAUCCCAUUCGUCCAGAAGGAGUCCCUGCUUCAGUUAUUCCAAGACAUAGGCAGAGGGCACGUGCAGUAUCCCCUCGAUAGGAAUUAUUUUUUAAAUGAAUACACGAAAAAAGAGGUGCCUUCCUGUGUCCCCAGUUUGUUAAGCACGGACAUUGAUUUUUUGAAAAAUCUUUUGAGGAGGGAUCCAGGGGAGAGACCCACAUCGGAAGAGGCACUCAAACACGAAUGGCUAAAGGAUGUCGACUACGCCUGUCUAGAGCAAUACGCAAAGGAAACCUAUAAGAAAAGGACGAAGUUAUAG